AUGGCAGGGAACCCGCAGCCAGCGGCGGUCCUCCCGAAGCAUCUCGCAGCAAUAGAGGGCAGGCAAAAGAGCAAACAUCAAAUCAUGCGCCGACGAUGCAGAGUCCAGAGCAUAAGAAAGAGAGUGAGUGAGAGAGAGAGAGCAAUCAAAUCAGUCGCUCACCAAACCAAAGGGAAGGAGUGGGAAACAGUGAGGAAUGACGACGGGGGAGUCAGUCGUGGAUAUGGGCCACAACCUGAGGCCGACGCGAGUCCCGAUACAAAGGCAGGCAGCAAGAGGGAGAGCAUCAAGUGGGCCAACGACCACGCAACAGCGGCAGGGUGGCAACUAUCCCCAGAAAAUGCCAAAGAAAGAGAACGCAGGCCCAGCCCAGGCCAUCGACCAAUGGGAGCAUAA